AUGGCGUCGCCACCGCCGCCGGCAUCCGCCGCCGCCGCAGCGUCCCACAGCGUGUUCGUAUACGGCACCCUGAUGUCGGAGGAGGUCAUGAGCGUCCUCCUCGGCCGCGUCCCGCCGUCCUCCCCCGCGCUCCUCCCCAACCACCAGAGGUUCAGCAUCAGGGGGCGCGUCUACCCGGCGAUUCUGCCCGUCGACGGCAACGAGGUUUCAGGAAGGGUGUUCAAGGGAAUUACUGAUGGCGAGCUCGAUGUGCUGGAUAUAUUCGAAGAUGAGGAGUAUGUGAGAGAAACUGUUGGCGUCUCGUUAACUGAUUCAUCGGAAACAAUGCUUGCCUUUGCAUACAUAUGGGGGAAUGUGGAUGAUCCUGAUCUCUAUGGUGAAUGGGAUUUUGAUGAAUGGAAGAAAGUGCAUUUGAAGGAUUAUCUGACAAUGACACAAGAUUUCAAGGAGGAAUUGGAACAGCUUGAAUCGAAGACAGAGGAUUGAAGCACCAAUCAUUGUUCCAGAAGGGUUUAUUCACCUGGAUUGUUUGUUGUUUGUUCAACCAGCUCUAAUCUCAAUUGUAAAUAAGAUCUCUAUCGAAUCGCCACUAACCCAA